AUGCAGACACUACGUGCCCCGUGUGCAAGCGGAGGCGACGGCGAGCUCUGUUAUCUGGAGCUGGCUUAUACUCGUACUCAAACACAUGCGCCAUAUGAAGUCUACGAUCGUCGCAUACAUCGGGGACCAGCGCAUAACCCGUACGUUACAGGCGUCUGCGCGUACGCCCAGCGGGAAACACCUGAAGGCGAUGUGUCAGUUCAGGCGCGUGCCAGCCCUCCGCGCCUGAUUAAAUCAAAACCAACGUAA